AUGCCAUUGAGAGACAUACCAGGAUUACCUUCAUCUCCCACUAAAUUAAGUCCUCCUCUUGGGCGGGCUACUUCACGACCUGCGGUUUCCAUGACAGAGUCGUGUCUUCCAACACUGGCUUUGAAUUCAAGUCUAAACGCUAUGAACUACAUGCAGACUGUCAAAAAUGAACACCUUAAACAACCAUCAUACAGCUCUCCCCCACCAAUCGCCAACAAUCCAGAGCACAACAUCUGCAAGUUGGUCGAGUUCCGUGGAGCUAAGAUUGCGGCAUUUACGGUGGACAGCCGGGAGUUGAUCUGCCUCCCUCAGGCUUUCGAGCUGUUUUUGAAGCACCUGGUCGGAGGGCUUCAUACAGUGUACACUAAACUCAAGCGCCUGGAAAUUAUACCUGUGGUUUGUAACGUGGAACAGGUGAGGAUUCUUCGAGGUCUUGGAGCGAUUCAGCCUGGGGUUAACAGGUGUAAGCUUAUUUCGUGCUCCGAGUUUGAGAUCUUGUAUGAUGACUGCACCAACUCCAGUGCCCGGCCGGGACGACCAGCCAAGCGAGUCAACUCCGUGUUCCCUGUUCAGGCAGAUGUUCUAGAGAAUCUGAAAAGGCGACGCGAGGAAAUCAAUGCGGAUAUGAGCUACAGUCAGGGCAUUUACGCUAUCAUUUUGGACAAUAAGAGUACAUUAUUAAUGCAGACAUUUUCUCUUUCACAUUAUAUAUAUAUAUAUAUAUAUAUAUAUAUAUAUAUAUAUUUUACCGGUCUGUUUCUGUCCCACCAGAACGGCGUAAAAUACCACCCCAUUUGUAAAAAGCCAGUAUUAUUUUUGGACUCACAUAUACAAAUUCCGAGAAAAGUAAAUAUUUUCAUAUCU